AUGCGGAACCUCACCGACUCGAGAACCGAAUCACCACCUAAUGUGGUAGUGUUAUCGAUAGUGGAUAGAGAGCGGUUUCAUCGAAAACUCGAGUUUUCUAUGUUUAGUGGAGUAGACCUCGGAGCAUGGAUUUUUCAUGCUAAGUGCUACUUUUCCAUUAACAAACUCAUCGAUGGUGAGAAACUCGAGGUAGCUGUAGUAUGUUUUGAAGGAGAGGCUCGGUGCCGGCUACGAUUUAAAGAAAGGGAUACCCCUUUUUCAACGUGGGCAAAUCCGAAUGCCCAAUUGUUGUACCGCUUUAGACUUUCAGCUACAGAGGCUCAAUCUCAUCGAGACCAAGGGUUAUGUUAUAGAUGUGAUGAGAAAUGGCACAUUAGGCAUAGAUAUAAGAAUAAGGAGCUACAUAUGCUCUUAGUGAGUGAAGGUCGUGGUGACGAAAAAGACUCUUAUGCAAAAUCGUUUAAAAAGGUAGGGAGUAUGCAAGGGGUGGUUCUUAAGUUACAAGGUUUGACCAUUGUAGAAGAUUUUCUUCCCCUAAAGCUUGGCGACUCCGAUAUGAUACUCGGGUUAAAGUGGCUUUCAACCUUAGGAGAGACGAAGGAUGAUUGGUGCCGACUUACUAUGACAAUCAAAAUGGGUGAAAAAAUAAUAGUGCUUCAAGGUGACCCCGCCUAA